AUGAAGUCGAACAACGAGAACAAUUAUGUACGAGUGUCAUACAACAACUUUGUAACUACACGCAAUCGACAAUUCGGAAAUGAGAUCACAAACAUACAACGAGUACCAACUCGAUCUACAUCGCAAUUCCUCUGUUCCAAACCCAUGUUGAAGAUAGAAGAAGAAAUUCCUCUUCCUGUUCCUGAAUUCGUAAAUCCAUAUGUUGCUGAUAUCUUCGAAUAUCUACGUGUCAAUCAACAUAAAUUCAUGUGUUAGACUCCCUUCUACAUGAAUUUACAAUUAGACAUUACCAAUUAAAUGCGUUCAAUUCUAAUUGACUGGCUAGUCGAUGUGCAUCUCAAAUUUAAGUUGUAAUCAGAAACCCUCUAUAUGACCAUCAAUUUAAUUGAUCGCUACCUUGCCAAAAAUACAAUCAUGCGAAAUAAACUCCAACUUGUCGGAAUUGCCUCCCUCUUCAUAGCAUCCAAAUUUGAAGAAAUCUAUGCUCCUGAACUUAAGGAUUUUGUAUGCGUUUGUGACAAUGCAUACACUAAAGAAGAAAUACUUGAAAUGGAAAGCAAAAUUUUAUUAACAAUCUAAUUCCACUUGACUUCCACUUCCCCACUCAAAUUCCUUGAAAGACAAAUUUCUGGAGCCAAUCUCUGUGACAAAAUCAAUUUUGCUUCCAGAAUGAUUCUAGAAUUAUCUCUCCUAGACAUCAGAUGUCUCAAAUUUUCAUCAUCCCUAUUAGCUACGACUGCCAUACUCUUAGCCAUUAAUCUACUUCGAUCACCAUAAGUAUUGCCCUCCUCACUUCAUUAUGUUGACAACCAAGAAGAUCUUAGACAGUGUUUAUAAGAAUUUCUCCCUGUCAUCAAAUUAUUAUAAAGCAGUAAUAUGACUGCAAUCAAAAGAAAGUAUUCUCUUGACAAAUAUAAUAAAAUUGCUGAGCAAAUCAUGACAAUCUUACAUAAUUAAAAAUGAACUAUAAACAAUUAAUAUAUAUGUAUACUUAUUUAUAACCAAUA